GUUUCUAAAUUAACGAGAGAGACAUUCCCGUGCCUGUUUAGGUCACUGAGGCGAGAGAGAGCGCGAUAGAGGCAGCGGCUAGGUUUGUCUUCGUGUUUCUCCAAUUGUUGGGUUAUCGCUUGAAGAGCAAUGGAGACGGACGAAGACAUGGGUACGGACGACGAGAUGGGUCUUGUGGAAUUGUUUGGUUACGACAAGCUGGAAAGAGAAUUAAUCCUCCGCCAAAAUAAUUUUUCUUCACCUUCGCCGCUAUAUGACGCACUAAAUGAUGACCGUGAUGAGAUGACACCAGAGGAAGCCUACUCCUAUAGCGAACAAGUUUUGAAGAGUGACGGCUUUGAUGUUUCUGACAUCCCUGGCGUCAAUUGUUUCCACCAAAUUCAACCGUGCAACAUAGACUACGAUUAUGACAUGUAUAAACGGUAUUCGCAGCUCGCAAUCGACGAAUACAAUCGUCGGUUCAAGGAUGAUAAUGCAGAGUUGGAGUUUGUUAAGGUCUUGAAGGCAAUGGGUCAGGCUGCCAGGGGAAUCAGGUAUUAUAUAACCUUCAUGGCCAAGGAUCUUGGCGAUGGAGGUGAGAUUAGGACGUAUCAAGCUGUGGUAUUAGAUGGGCUAGACUCUGAGACAGCGGAUUCCUUUAGGCUAAAGCCCCCCGAGGAUGAGCGAGAUUCUGGCAGUCAUGGGAGACAGUGGUUUUGGAAAAAGAACCUUUGCAAUGAUGAAACAUGUUGUAUUUGAAGAUCUUUCAGAGGUGAAAUGCGUAUGGAGUUUAACAAUGCUGUUGGAAUUGGGAAACAUGAAUUAUACAAGUUAAAUGGAAAGAUAGUGCUUCUAGUGUUUAUUUAGACAUUCUAAAGUUGACCUGAUGUUGCUUAUUUAAUUUUGUUUGCAAAACUCCUUUGCUUCAAGCCUUCAAUGGUACUUCGCUUAAGUGAGAUUAUGCUGCGUGCUUUUGUCAAUGUGAAUUGGGUGGCUUUUUUAUUUUCCUUGUGUAGGAGUGGGAACUUCACUUAAAAAAAGAACAUAAUUUGGUAACGAUAA